ACUUCCUGAAAACCAGCGCGAGAGAGAGAGCAUUCAAUCUGCUCCACCGACACGCCCAUCAACCCCAGCGAGACGCUCCGCAAACACUAUGGAUCUUGUGCGGCGGAUUUCGCGUGAAUUGGACUAGAAGAGCAGACCCUUUUUGCGCAUUACAAAACUGAUGGCGCCUGGAGAAAAAUGGCUCUUCUGAGAAAGCUAAACAGGAUCCUCCUGGGGCUGCUGAUCUUCAUGGUGUACAUCAUCCUGUACAGCAGGAUGUACAGAGCACCGUCACCUCCGAGCCACACAGAUGUCAGGGCGGAGCCUGGUGUUGUGGGCGGAGCUGCGGGUGGGGCUGUGGGCGGGGCUAAGAGCGGGGCAGCGGAGGAGGAGGUGUCGGAGGUGGAGGCGGGGGACAUCCUGGUCGUGAUCUGCGCGGCAGAGGAGCGCAUGGGCGGUGCCAUGGCAACCGUUAACAGCGUGCGCAGCAACACGGAGGCCAGCGUGUUCUUCUACAUCGUCACCCUGCACGACAACGUCGCGUACGUGAGGCAGUACAUACAGAAGUCUGAGCUGAAAGACAUCAGGUUUAAGAUCCUGGAGUUCAACCCCACGGUUUUGAAAGGAAAAGUGAGACCCGACUCCUCCAGACCUGAGCUUCUGCACCCACUCAACUUUGUUCGCUUCUACCUGCCGCUGCUGGUCAAACACAGGAGAGCCAUCUACUUAGACGAUGAUGUCAUCGUGCAAGGGGAUAUCCAGGAGCUGUACAACACCAAGCUGAAGCCGGGACAUGCGGCUGCAUUCGCCAGCGACUGUGACCUGCCGUCUGAGGUGGUGCGCACCAUGGGCAUGCAGACGACGUACAUGGGGUUCCUGGACUACAGGAAGCUGGAGGUCCGGGAGUUGGGGAUCAACCCCAGCGACUGCUCCUUCAACCCCGGAGUCUUCGUCGCCGACAUGGAGAUGUGGAAGCGCCAGAAGAUCACCAAGCAGCUGGAGACAUGGAUGCAGCAGAACUACAAGAACAACCUGUACAGCAGCGCCAUGUCUGGGGGCGUGGCCACGCCGCCCAUGCUGAUCGUCUUCCACGGAAAAUACACCGCCCUCGACCCCAUGUGGCACGUCGGCCAUCUUGGCUGGAGCCCGGACACCCAGUACUCGGACGCCUCUCUGCACGAGGCCCAGCUGCUGCACUGGAGCGGCCGGUUCAAACCCUGGGACUACCCCUGCGUGCACAUGGAGCUGUGGGAGAAGUGGUACGUCCCAGACCCCUCCAGGAGGUUCUCGUUGGUACGGCCCAACAGCUGAAUGAGAGACAGAGGGGGAGAGACAGAGGGGGAAGAGGUCCCACCAAAGCCACACUGCACUUUGCGUCACUCGUACUCUGGACAGAAGAGCUGCGUGAGUUUACAGUAACCCCCCCCACCCCCCCGUUCCCCGUGGCGAGGCCCCACAGCUCACAGGGAAUAGGGCGUCAAUGUCUUCACAUCGGACAAAACUGAAGGCCGGACUUCUCCGAAAACCAACCCAAAUGCCCCCCACUCCCCUCCAUCCUGAAACAUCCAGACACUGCACCUGGUUGUAGAGGCUGAACACUUUCAUGAAAACCACACAACAAAUAAAGACCUCUGUGACAAGAUGGACUAGAUUUUGGGGGGGGGGGGGCGUUUUCAGGUACAAACCAUGUUCAGCACGAACACAACUUAAGCAUUUCCGGAAUGCACAAAACAAAAGGUUUUAAGGCCAUAUAUAGAUGGAGAAAUUACUAGGAGGCUAACACCAAAAUAAAGUGUUGUUGCGACAUCUGCAAUGACUUUUAUUUUUUUCCCCCCCAUACAUACAGUCUUAAGCAUGAAGUCUUAAGCACAGCACACACACACGGCUGGAGCAGCUGCCAGUGUUUCGGCAUCUCUCUGGGUUCUUCCGGGAGGUACGAACGCAGGCGAGCACACAAACAGCACUCUGGAGCGCUCUAAUGACAGCUCCAAUGUCCGUUUCAUCCGACGACGCGUGGCUCGUUGCUUUGGGUGCACGUCAGUUCACAUCACAAUAAAAUAGACCAGAGUCCAGCCUAAAGCAAGUACCAAACCCAAUAACUAAAAUGCAGUACAAAAACAUAAAAACCGCAGUCUCAUCAAACGUGUUCUGAAAGCACCAUGGUGAGAGAGAGCUACAGUAACUCAGGUGUAUUUUCCUGUGUGAGAGUGCACUUAGUGGACUGUUAGCACAUUCCAGAUACCCGUUAAGAGCCUGGGACUCAUUCUCCAUCUAACGAAACCGCGCCACUCACUGCAGGGCUAAAAGGGCGUUCCUAGGGGGGUGGCACUUUACCUAACGGUAACAGUAACCUUUUCGGGUAACAGAUUGCACUUUUCAGAUGCAACGGUUAACAGUAACAUUAUCGGGUAACGCAAAAAAAAAAUCAUCACCACUGCCACUCGAACAGUUCCGGCACCUUCCAUCAGGACCGACUUCUCAUUGCAGUACAGUGGCUGCGCGAGUCUCACUCAGGCUGCACAACGUGCUGCCACCCCGCCUACCAACCUGAGGAUCAGCUCCUCCUGCACAGAGACGUCUGGAGAAGAUCAGACAGCCCAGGUAAGAGGUAACAGGUGACUAGAGAGGAGUCCCAGAGAUCAAAUGAACAAGCAGAGGAAAAAACAGCUCUCCUCCUGCGCUAUUAACAAACAAAAUGUUCAGCACCAAGAGAUGUAAACAUUGUAAUGUGCAGUGCGAACUCGCCACAUUGUCUCCAUAGCAACCAGAAGUUAAAGACUUCAAAGCCAUGUACCCACAAUGCACCUCUGAUGCAGUCGAUGUCAUCAGUGGUCAGAGAGAAUACAGGAAGGAGGACUGAAAUGUAGCACCAGUGCACAGGAAAGCAGAGUAAAUAUCGGUCAGAAUAAAACAGGUUUAAAUAAGAGCUUUUCUCCAUGAAAGCCAUCACGCUUUUCAUUGCCUCUCCGUAUUCCGCUGAUUUAACAUUAUUGUUGAAACAGGUUUAAAGUCACUUUGAGCCGGGAGCACUAGUACACCAACAACUACACAAAAAUAAA